AUGUCUUCUACCAAGAAUGAUGAGCUCAUGGCGUUCUCCCCUGCUCUAAUGGCUAAGUGGGAGGCGGCAGCUGAUAAAGCAUCAAGAGACUUCCGCUCUGAUGUCGUCACGGUUCCAACGCCAGACAUGAUGCAGGCUAUCCUCGAGGCUACGGUGAACGAUGACAUAUACGAUGUUGACGGCGAUCCAUCCGUCAAGGCUCUCGAGGCUAGACUGGCGGAGUUGACUGGCAAGGAAGCCGCUCUCUGGGCAAUCUCUGGCACUCAAGGCAACCAGAUCUGCCUCCGCACCCAUCUUACUCAGCCGCCUCAUACCGUUCUUCUGGACUACCGUGCCCAUGUGCAUUGCUGGGAGUCCGGCGCCCUGCCAGUCAUGUCUCAGGCGUCUGCCACCACGGUUCAUCCCAAGAAUGGAGUUCACCUGACUCUCGACGAUGUCAAAGCGAACAUGAUUGCGGAUGGAAACAACGCCCAGGCCAUCUCGAAAUAUGUGCGGUCUUUCCCCGUACCAGAGGGACAGAAGCCAGUGGCGAUGCAUCUCGACGCCGCUCGCUUGUUUGAUGGUGUCAUCGGCGAAGGCGUCGACCUCAAGGCAUAUGCAGCUUGCUUUGACAGCCUGUCCAUCUGCCUGGCAAAGGGGAUCGGUGCACCCAUGGGAAGCGUGAUCCUUGGAAGUAAGCAAUUCAUCGAGCGUGCCAAAUGGUUCCGCAAGAUGUUUGGAGGCGGCACUAGGCAACCAGGAAUGAUGGCCGCUGCUGCGCUGGAAGCCUUGAACUACACACUUCCACGCAUGGGCAAUGUUCACGCAUUAACAAAGAAAACGGCCGCCCAGAUUGAAAAAUUGGGUUACAAGUUGGCGCUUCCGGUUCAGACGAACAUGAUCGUUCUUGAUCUGGCUGCCGUCGACAUCCCGGCCGCUUCGUUUGUGGACUACUGUGCAAGGCGUCGGGUUUCAGUCUUCCCGAAUGGAAGGAUUGUUUUCCAUCAUCAGGUCACCGACAAUGGAGCCAAUGCGCUGUUGGCUGCUUUGACGGAACUGGUUGGAGAUAAGAAUGCUGGUGUUGUUCUUAGCGAUGUGGAGGUUCACGGGGGGUACUCCUGA